AAUGAUGUUCCGCCGAACCACAACGACUGCCUAAUGUGGAUGUAUCGUUUACGGGACAGCAUGAUGCCGGCGUCUCCGCGACGACUGUACGCGUGUGGUCAACUUCACUCUCAACACCUUCCUCUCAGUAAUUGACUUUAUUGAAGUCAAUUGCAAGUAUUGCUUUCCUUGCAUGAAACCUGUUAGCUGAACUGACGCUAUGCUUACAGUCGCUUUCCGCAAUCCUCGUAGGGGGUCAAUGAAUUUGGCGGGAAAGCGUAGCGCGAUUGACUCUUACAAACUCAUCCGGCUCAUAUUGGAUCUAAACCUCACGUGUCAACGUAAUCGCUCGAUAUGUUCGAAAACCAAUCUGCACUCCCUCCCGAACUCAUCACUGAAAUCACCGGAUAUCUAAUUGAUGACAAGGACUCGGUGCUUUCCUCCGCGUUAACGUGUCACACUUGGUAUAAUGCUACCAGACAAUGUUUCUACCACAAGAUUAGCAUUUCUUCGAAGGAACGUCUCGAAACAUUAGAGGAACUCGUGGAUGAGAAUCCGACAAUUGGAUGUUGGGUUCGUAUCCUACGAGUCUCCGAAAUGCAUUCGGUGAAUUGGGUCAUUCACAUCCCUGGCAUCGCUCGUAAGCUUCCGAACGUGCGGACUUUGGAGAUGUCAAAACUUUGGCAACAUAUAAGUCAUUCCAAUCCUGAAUGGUUUGAAAGCUUGUCCCAAUUCACCUCCAUUCAACAUCUUUCGCUCGACCGCUGUAUGUUUUCAGUCAACUUCUUGAAGAGUUUGGUUUCGUCUCUACCACACGUCAAGGCUCUUUCUCUCGCCAGGACCAAUAUCGAUGAAUACAGUUUCGACAUCGGGAGCAUUUUUGAAGUUCCGUACGAUGAGAAAGAUCCCGAAAUGCCUUGUCUGCACGAGCCCCGCCUUGAAGAGUUCUCUGUGGAUACGUCUGUGUUCUCUAGUUGUGAGGGAGUUUGCGAAUGGCUGAGAACCACAGAAUCCGUAUCCACGCUUCGAACUAUCAUCUAUCCCAUCGACUCGCUUACUUCUUUUAAGGAGAUAGGGGAUCUCCUUGUGGCUGCUGGCGGACAACUGGAGUACUUAGAAUGCAGCAUGGCGAAGGAGGUUAGCAAGUCCGUAUAUCCAGAGAACGGAUUCGCUCAGUACUUCAAAUUGAGUCACCAUACAGGACUUCGUCACAUUAAGGUUAACUACCCGCGUUAUACCGUGCCCUUGUUUUCCGCCCUUCCUGAUCCAUCUCCCCUCCAAUGCAUUACAUUCAGCAUAUACUUCAAGCGCAUGGCUCAGUUCAAGAACAAAGAUCACAAGGCACUAGAUGACCUCCUUUCGAGCCCGCAGUUUUCCAACUUGCAACGAGUUUGUUUUGAGUAUACAGGCACUUUGGACUACGAGACAGUGUUGAAGAAGAUGCAGAGGGUCUUCAAGAAGCUUGUUGCAAAGAUAGAUAUUGAAGUCAAGAUGGUCGCUACGAAGCCUCCCAACUAUUACUUGUAUUGAAGGCGAGUGGAGCUAAUCCCCAUGAGCUAGACUUCGUUUGGCGUCUGAAGUGAUCCAGGGCUUCGUUCUACCGAUGUCAUAUUACAGUAUACCAGUAUCAUUGAGAGGACUCUGUAGUACGCGCAUUAACUUAUUGGCCAUUGUACACGCUAAAUCGCGAUAAGUAAGGCCGUUUCUUACUAUUGGUAUAGCUCGUCAUUUGGCCAGUGGUUCUCACCGUGCAGGCAACAC